AAUAGGUAAGUACUUCCUCCAUCAUGGUCCGCUGUUCACUGAACCUUUCCUUGUCAGAUGUUCUCUUUGCAAUUAAGACGGAAAGUAUCUUUCCCUUCGAAAGUCGGAGUUUCUGUUGACCUUUCUCUUGGUUUUGUUGCACCCGCGCAGGCCACUUUUGCACACACCGCCUCUGCCCUGAUUGGAAUGAGGAUACCAUGUUUAGCCACCUACGCUCCUUUCAGCUCAGAUGUGUACUCAAUGACUCGGUGGCAAUCAAGGGAGGUCAUAUGUCGUUGUCGACCUGCUGCUGUCCACCUGCCCAUGUGUAUUGAGUAGGUCUCGCUCUGUGGUCUAACGUGUCGCCUCGACAUAUAAAACUUUUACACAAUGAAGUUCACACUCGUUGUUGCUCUUCUCUCUGCCUUAGCCCUCCCGGCGUUCGCAGUACCCGGGUUUGCCACAUACGACCCUGUGUAUAGCAAUGCUGGAACGUCCCUCUCCACUGUCUCAUGUUCUAACGGCGCGAACGGUCUUUUGACCAAGGGGUAUACCACCUUCGGCUCUAUCCCUUCAUUCCCCAACAUCGGAGCUAUCCCAGGUGCUACCUGGAACUCCCCGUUGUGCGGCACCUGCUGGAGUGUCAAGUACACCGCGCCCGGCGGCGGCUUUACCACCAUCUUUAUGACCGCUGUCGAUGCAGCUAUCACGUACAAUGUCUCCCCGCUGACGUUCAGCAAGUUGACAAACUGCACUGGCUUCGACACCGGCAAAGUUGCUGUCGAUGUCACCCAGGUCGCUGCCAGUAACUGUGGCAUGUAGGAGGAUAUUAUGCUGGAGGGUUUUGGUGCUCGGAACGGUUGUUAGUAUCGAAUAAGGCUCUUGAGUCUUUGGUUCAUGGGUGGGGCAGCUUGUAUGUUGUGGCUUGUACGUUGUUGUCUGUUAUUCAGAAAGUAUGCGCUAUGCAAUGUUUUUGGGAAAGUCGAUGCUCGACGGACAGCUCCGUAUGGUAUAAAC